UCAUAGCCAAAAGUAAAAGUCAUUCAUCUAUUGUUGUUCCUCCUCCACCUGGUGGUGUAGCAAUUGGUAUUGGACCACAAUUACCUCCAUUAUCGGGUGGUUUUAUCAAAUUGCGUCAUGUAGGUACGACAUCAGAUAAACAACAAAAAGACGAUCAACCAGAAACAACAGCAGCCUCAGCUACAACAACAAAUCAAUUUGAAACACAACAAAAACAAAACAUAACAGAUCAUAACAAAUUAGAGCAAGAAGAAAUAACAAGACAACCCACAGCUUUGCCAGCAUUUUUACAAGGCGGCCUUAGACGCAGUCAAACACAAGUCAUGGGUCCCGAUCAACGUUCCAUUUCUAAAACCGGCUCUAUAGCCGAUCGUUUGGCAGCUUUACAAAAAAGUGGUGAAGAUGAUUGGAAACGUCGUAUUUCCAAGCCCGAUAUUGAUGAUAUAAAACGUGAAAAUUUUGUUAAUGAAUCUCUUUCAUUAUCCCACAAUCUCUCCGAUAAACCUCUAGCACCAUCCCCCUUAAUACCCACUUCUUUGGAAGGUGGCAAAGUCUCUGAUCGUUUGGGUAAAUUGAAAAGUUCUUCGGAAAGUUGGAGAAAUCGUGUUGAACAAUCAGAUGCUGCUAAGUUUACAGUCGCUGGUCGACUUCAAAAGAAGGCCCAAUCACCCGUAGAAUUACAAUUUGAAAGAUCUGCCAAUGAUGCCGCCAAAAAAUGUCCCCUACAAAUUAUACGCAGUGCCAAUCAACCACAAUUGGGUUUGGCUAAAAGUGCCUCCAUGAUGGUUUCAACCAAUACUAAUGGUAUUGGUUUGGGUCAAAAAUCUAGCAAUGGUGCUCUCUUUGUACAACGUAGUUUAAGUGUCAAUAAUGAAAAUCCCAAUAGUGCUUCUGAAUCGAAUUCCGCUGCUAGUAAUUCGGAUAGCGAUAAUGAAAAGGAGCAAAAAGAUAAACGUAAUAUUAAUAAUCAGUCAUCUAAUACAGCAACAACAACUAGUCAGAGUGCCCGAGGUGCUCGUGUUGUUAUACCCAAAUUUGAUGAUGAGGAAACAUUCGAGAAAUUCUUUGUAUCAAAGAAAAUACAACAAGAUAAGUCAACACCCGAUGAAGAGGGUAUUGAUAUAGCUGAUUUUGAUAAGAUUAAACCCACAGAGAGAUUGGCCGUUAAGCGCUCUAUACAAUUGCCUAAAGGUCGCCGUGCUGCUCGUAAUCCUUUAAGAAAUUUAGCCUCACGCACUGAUAUCACUUCAGAAUAUACUGAAGUUAAAUCGGGCAUAGCCGAAAGAGAAAUGCGUAGAAUUAAGGCGGAAUCAUUUGGUUGUCGUCCGAAUUUAGCUGCCGAAGCCAUUGCCGGCUUAGCAUCGGUGGAAGACUUUAAGGCAGUAGCUUUAAAAUCCUCCUCGCUGCCACUUAACCAAAUGUGGUUGCCCUAUAAACCUCUAAUGUUGUUGCAUGUUAAAGGACGUACCCAUGUACAAACCAGACUGGUGGAACCUUCAUAUCUCUCCCUCAAUCGCGGAGAUUGUUUCAUAUUAAUAAGUGGCGAUAAGUUGUAUCGUUAUGUUGGUUCCUAUGCCAAUAUAAUAGAAAUAUCGCGCAGCAAAAAAAUCUGUGCCUACAUCUUAGAAAACAAAGACUUGGGAUGCACCGCCACCUCUGAGGUCAUACUAACCGAUGGUAAGUUCAUGAAUGAACGUCACUGGAAGAUAUUCUGGGAGUUAUUGGGUAAACCAGAAGAAUAUCAAAUACCCGAUAGUGGUCAUGCCGAUGAAGAUGAUCUCUUCGAAGCAAGUCUUAUAGAGACCAAUAAAAUCUAUGAAUUCCAAGAUGAUUCAUUAGUGCCAUUUGAAAAGUACUGGGGUUGUAUACCCAAAAUAGAAAUGUUGGACACCAAAAAAGUAUUAGUUUUUGAUUUCGGUUCUGAAAUGUAUAUAUGGAAUGGUAAGAAUGCCUCUUCGAAUUCCAAGAGGGCCGCCAUUAAACUGGCUCAAGAACAUUAUGAUGAAGGACAAGUGGACUAUUCCAAAUGUUAUGUCAAUCCCAUGCAUUUCUCUAGUAUUGUGGGUUCACGAGACAGCUACAAAUUUCCCAAACGUUGUGAUAAACGUGGUGAAUGGUGUAUUCUGGGUAAGAUUACUCAAAAUAUGGAGACCUCCUUAUUCAAGGAGAAAUUUGCCGAUUGGCCUGAAGUAGAACGUGAAGAUUUGGAGAAAGACUAUUUAACAAAUGGCGUAAAUUCGGUAAAACCUUUGGAUGGUAGCGCCAUUUUUAAAGGAUCUCCCUAUGAAGAGCCCAACUUAGUAUUGGAACAAUCGAAUUUGGGUCGUGGUAAUUUUUACUAUGACACCGAUAGCAUGCGUCAUUUUGAGAUUAUUUCCAAAUCUUGUGAUAAAUGGAAAAUAAAUGAAUUUAACUUUGACCAGGCCGAAAAAGCUUCAUAUGGUCAUUUCUAUUCAGCUGAAAGUUAUAUUCUCAAGUGGAUCUAUCAAAUUAAUGUCACAGUGCGUGAGUUAAGUGGUCGUGUUUCCAAUCGCAGCACAGUGGGACGUGAUCGUUGUGUUUACUUCACCUGGCAAGGUAGUGAGGCUUCGGCCAAUGAAAAGGGAGCUGCUGCUCUUUUAACCGUCGAAUUGGAUAAAGAAAAGGGAGCUCAAAUGCGUGUGGCCCAAGGAGAUGAAACUACGGUAUUUAUACGUCUUUUCGGUGUUAUGUGUUUGCACCAGGGCCGCAAAGAAGAAUGUCUAAAGCGCCGUAAUCAAUGGCGCCUUUACCAAAUAUGUGGCAAUGUUGCUGAAGAAACCCUUAUAAAAGAAGUAGAUUGCCAUGGCAAUCAAUUGCGCUCCAGAGCAUCCAUGUUAUUAAUACAUGGUGAAAAGGGUAUUAUCUAUUUAUGGCAUGGCUGUAAAGCUGCCCCACACACCCGGGAAGUAGCCAUUAAGGCAGCAGAAAAACUAAAAGACUCAAAACCCCAAGAUCUCUUUAACACAGAUACAGUCAUUAUUGAAAUUGUAGAAGAACAAAAAGAGUCCAACGACUUUAAAGAGGCUUUAUCAAACGAUCUCUCUCAACCUUUAAAACUCUAUGGCAGUCUCUGUGAAGAGGAAUCUAAGGAAUUCUCCUACACUCCCAGAAUGUUCCACUUCUCUAGCACUCAAGGUGUGUUUAAAGCUGCCGAAUUGUAUUCACCUCUACGAUGUGCAGAUGUUAUAACACCAUAUCCAUUUACUCAAACACAAUUGUAUAAUGCUCGUCAGCCUACCAUAUUUAUGAUAGACGAUGGUGAUUUAUUGUGGCUAUGGAUGGGCUGGUGGCCUUUGGAGGAUAUUAAAAUUAAUACAGAAGAACGUGGUAGUCCCACCAAUGAAAACCGAGCUGGAGUUAAUCGCUGGAUUUCCGAACGUCGAGCUGCUUUAGAAACUGCAGUCUCGUAUUGGAGAGCUAAGUUCGGUGACAAUGAAGAAAAACAAUUCCAUGGCAUUAAAGGCUACGUUGUAUGGGCUGGCUUAGAAUCCACCAACUUUAAGGCUCUCUUCCCCGAAUGGUCCGUAAGAGAAGAUGUUAAAGAAAUUAAUUUACAAGAUGGUCGCACUGAUGAACCUCUGCCCAUUAUCGAUGUCUUGCAGCAAUUAACCCAAACAGAAUAUCCCUUGGAUGUGCUUAAAGAAAGACCCUUACCCGAAGGUGUCGAUCCAACACGUUUAGAAUUGUAUCUAAAUGAUGAAGACUUUGUGAAAGCUUUAGGAAUAACACGCACAGACUUCGAACAAAUGCCAUUAUGGAAACAAACCAAUUUGAAAAAAGAGAAAGGUCUUUUCUAAAUGAAUACAACUAAAGGAAUUUGAAAUUUAAACGCACAUUAGGCUGAAAGAUUUUUUCUAAUAACUUAUAUAAAAACAACUGAUGAUAUACAUAUUACUUAUACA